AUGCCCGUCGUCAAGGGUGGCGUGUGGACCAACAUCGAGGAUGAGAUCCUCAAGGCCGCCGUCUCAAAAUAUGGCCUGAAUCAAUGGGCGCGCGUGUCUUCGCUGCUCGCGCGCAAGACACCCAAGCAGUGCAAGGCUCGAUGGAGCGAGUGGCUUGACCCCAGCAUCAAAAAGAUCGAAUGGAGCAAGGACGAAGAUGAGAAGCUAUUGCAUCUCGCCAAGAUUAUGCCCACCCAGUGGCGCACCAUUGCUCCCAUCGUCGGUCGCACUGCCAACCAAUGUCUCGAGCGUUACCAGAAGCUUCUCGACGAGGCCGAGGCCCGCGAAUCAUCCAGCCUCGGUUUAAUGGGCCCCGACGGCGGCGAAACUCAGGCUCCCAGUGCCGAUGAUGUACGAAGACUGCGCCCUGGCGAGCUAGACCCCGAUCCCGAAACCAAACCGGCUCGACCCGACACCAUUGAUCUCGACGAGGAUGAGAAGGAGAUGCUCAGCGAGGCCAGAGCCCGUCUGGCCAACACACAGGGUAAAAAGGCCAAGCGAAAGGCUCGAGAGCGCCAACAAGAGGAAUCACGACGCAUGGCAACCCUGCAAAAGAGACGCGAGCUCAAGACGGCCGGUAUCAAUAUUAAGGUUACAACGCGCAAGAAGGGCGAAAUGGAUUACAAUGCAGAUAUUCCAUUCGAGAAGAAGGCCGUUCCCGGCUUCUACGACACAACCGACGAAAAGGUGGCCAACGAAGCGCAGCUCAAGGCUUUUGACCCUCAAAAGCAGCUCGCUGGGAAGCGCAAGGGUGAUGAAGGCGACGACGGCGAGAGAAAGAAGCGAAAGGGCGACAAGGAAAGUCAAUCUGACACACAAAAGGCUGCAAUCAAGGCCGGUCAAAUGCAAAAGAUACGAGAGGCAGAGCAGCUAAGCAAGCGACGCGCGCUAAAUCUCCCAGCGCCGCAGGUCAGCGAAGGUGAGCUCGAAGACAUCGUCAAGAUGGGCAAGAUAGGUGAGGCUGCCAAUACCAGGGCAAGACAGAGUGAAAAUGACGCCACUCGUGGCUUUGUCAACUCAUACUCUACCCUGAAUAGCGAGACGCCUAUUCGUACACCCAGAGCUCCGGCGCAGGAGGACCACAUAGCCAACGAGAUUCGCAACAUUCGAGCGCUGAACGAGACUAAGUCUGCCCUUCUUGGCGGCGAGAACACGCCGCUGCACGAAGGAGCGAGCUCGACUGGAUUUGAUGGCAUUGCCCCCAGGAAACAGACCACCGCGACCCCGAACCCAAUGGCUACACCAUUGGCACCCAACGGCAUCGGUGCCACUCCUGGCCGCCCGGGCCAAACACCGAUGAGGACUCCUCGAGACACCUUUGCGCUGAAUCGCGAUGAUGGUAUGUCAAUGGUGUCCGCAACACCGCAAGAUAUCAGAAAUCGAGAAACCGUCGUGCGAAAUCAACUACGGUCGGGCCUCGCCGCCCUGCCUAAACCCAAGGACAUGGACUUUGAGCUAGAGCUACCUGAGGAGCAAGCCGAAGCCAUGACCGUCGAGGAGCGGCAGGAAGAUGCUGCGGAUCGGGACCGUCGAGCGCGGGAGCGCCAGGCUGCCAUCGAAGAGCUGGAACGACGACGCAGGACGCAGGUCAUGCAGCGCGACCUUCCGCGAACACCGAUAGUUGAUAUCUCAACUUUGAUGAAGAACGCAAGCAGUUUGGAAAAUCCCGCCGAGCGGCUGAUUGCUCAGGAAGCCGCAGCUCUGAUGGCCAAUGACGCGACCAAAUACCCUCUUCCCGGGUCACAAGUUAAGGGAGCUGUCAAGCCGCUCGACGACAUUGGUGACGAUGCGCUCGCCGAUGCGCGUCUUCUCAUCCUGGCCGAGACUCCCAAGCUGCCAAGCUUUGAGAGCAUGCAGAGCGCCUUUACCGGGCGCGCCGCCGACGACACACUGCUAGGUCUUGGCUGUUACGCCGGCGCAGACGAGGAAGAGCAACAACGCGCGAUAAGAGCUUCGUUUCACGUUUGCGAAGACUCAAUCAUGUCGCUGGCCGAGCAGGGCGCCAAGCUCGAAAAGAAGCUGAGCCUCCAUCUUGGGGGCUACCAAAAGCGCCAAAAGAUGCUCAAGGACAAGACGACGGAGGCGGCGGAGGCGCUGGAGAAGGCUCGGAUCGCGCUGAGCGGCUUCAAGACGCUGGCCCUUUCCGAGGACGUCGCCAUUAACAGGCGCCUCAAGUCCCUCCGCGAGGAGCUGGACUUUGUCAGCCGUCGUGAGCGUGAGGCGCAGGAUGAUUAUCGCAGGGCAAAGGAGGAGCUAGAUACAUUAAUAGCAGGGCGAGGCGCUAACGGAUACCAUCAAUAA